CCGGUAUUGGGCGCUUGGAAGCGGGACCCGACGGUGGUAACUGUACUGAGACGCGGCCGGGGGCAUCAGGUCCCCAGCGCAGCUCUCGCCAUGGCUCUGCGCGUUUUCGUCCGGGGCGCGCUCAGAGGUUGCUCCCUUCGCCUCCCAGUCAGCCGCUUCUCCCACGAGGCUCGUCCCCGACCGGGCGGGGAGGAGCUAAGCCGCCUGCUGCUCGACGACCUGGCUCCCAGCCGGCGUUCGGCUCCCGGCCUGGAGCUCCUCUUUGGCGUGUCUCCGUGCUCCCUGGCCCUGCGGGCUGCCCGCCGUCGCGUGGCGCGGCUCCUGCUCCAGGCCGGCAGAGCUGGGCUGCACGGGGAGCGGGCCGAGCUGCUUCGGGUGGCCGAGGCGCGGGGCAUCCCAGUGUUGUGGCCUCGACGGCGGAAGCUGGACGCCCUGUGCCACCACCAGGUCCACCAGGGCGUGUGCAUGGAGGUGAGCCCGCUGCGUGCCCAGCCUUGGACUGAGGCCCAGGAGGCAAGUCCAGGCGACGACUCCCAGCGGCUGUGGCUCGUCCUCGAGGGGAUCCAGGACCCCCGGAAUCUCGGGGCCGUGCUGCGCUCCGCCCACUUCCUCGGAGUGGAUAAGGUCAUCACUAGCCGCAGACACAGCUGCCCGCUCACCCCAGUAGUCAGCAAGGCCAGCGCGGGGGCAGUGGAGGUGAUGGAUGUGUACUCCGCUGAUGACCUGGCCGGCUUUCUGCAGACCAAGGGCCGGCAGGGCUGGCUCGUGGCCGGCACGGUGGGCUGCCCUGGGCCCGAGAUCCCGGAGUCCCCCAACAUCCCUAUCACCAGCUGCUUGGAGUUCCUCUGGGAGCAGCCCACUCUCCUGGUGCUAGGGAACGAGGGCUCAGGCUUGUCCCGGGAGGUACAGGCCUCCUGCCAGCUUCUCCUCACCAUCCUGCCCCGGCGGCAGCUGCCUGCUGGACUCGAGUCCUUGAAUGUCUCUGUGGCUGCAGGGAUUCUUCUUCACGCCAUCUGCAGCCAGAGAAAGGAGUUCGCUGCAUAGGUAGAAAGAGGGCCACAUUUCCAGGACUCCCCAGAAUCCUCACCCACGCUCCUAGGGCCCCAAGGGGCUCUGCAUCCAGGACUGUCUUCGGGUUCAGAAAAAGGCGGGCAGAACGGGGGCUGCCUUGGAUGGCCCAAUUCGAGUGUGGGUGAGCUGGAGGGCAGGGGGCGGGCAGUGCCAAGUCUGUGAGUGUGUGCCCAGACCCGGGUUACGCACCUGGGGGCUUUUGCCGUGGAGACCUACGGAGUUGAGUUUCCUAUUUUGAUGCGGACCUGGCAUACGGAGAUGAAGCUUGUUCAUUUCCACCUCGGACUAGCACAGAGGGCUUGGUCUCUGGAUCUUCCAAGAAAGAAGAGGGCAGUGGGCAGCCCAGCCCUAGGGGCCUCCUGUCUGGCUGUGGGCUUGAAGAAAUAGGAUUGGGACCUCCUGUGGAGUCAGCCAACCUAGUUGCAGCGCCAGCCACCAACUCGGAUGAAUCCUGGGGUUGUGGUGGUGUGAGCCAACCGCUCUCUCUUGUGCCUGAGCUGAGGCCCUGGUCUGCCUUUUCCUCCGCGGGUGGUUGUGAAGCUCAAGUAAAAACAUCGUCCAACAAGCA